GAGUAUCAUUUUGGUUCAUCCUCCCCCCCCCCCGUCUCCUCUCUUUUUCCUCCAUCUCCCAUCAGUGUCACAGCCGCAGAUCGGCUUCCACCUCGAAAAGCAAGGUUCCUCUCCCUCACUCCUGCGGCAGCCACACUCACGCCAGUAUCUCUCCGUCUUUGAUUUCUUUAUUCUCUCGUCAUCUUCACCGUUACCAUCGUCGAUUCUCACUCUCUACUGCAAUCUCACGCCGCAAUGCUUCCAUCUCGAGGAUUUCUAUUGCUAGAAUUAGAAUUUGGUAUCUGGUCCGGGAUUAUCCUUGCUGGACUUCAAUAGUGGCGGCGUGCCUUUUAUAGACUAAAAUUUGAUGGAUCUGGCAUGGCUGAGUGCCAUUGUAGUUGGGGCCGGCUGCCUUGUUUUGGGAUACUAUAUUGGUUCGAAGUAUCCUCCUCGCAUUUUUGUCAGAGCCAAAUUAGCCAAAAGCAACGAAUCCGGCAGGAAUGGGAAGAAGAAGGAUAAACCUAAAGAGCCACUGGAGGUUGAAAAUUUGGCUGACAUUCUCGAUGACUUCAAGAUGGUUCUAGUUGUGAGAAAUGAUUUGAAAAUGGGAAAAGGAAAAAUUGCGGCUCAAUGCAGUCAUGCAACUUUGGGUCUCUAUAAGAAGCUCCAUUAUCGUGCACCAAAAGCCUUGAAUAGAUGGGAGAUGUGUGCGCAACCCAAGGUGGUUUUGAAGAUAGAAAGUGAGGAAGACAUGCUAGUUUUGCAAGAGAGGGCAAAAUCAUUGAAGCUACCAACUCAUAUUACCAUUGAUGCCGGAAGAACUCAGAUCGCACCAAAUUCGAGAACGGUGAUGGCAAUUCUUGGUCCAGUUGAAGUGGUGGAUGAUGUAACUGGUGGGUUGAAACUUUUGUAGUUUCUAAAUUCUUGCCUGUAAUCUCCCCAAACUUGUUGAAGACUUCAAUUCUCAAAAGGCUUUGCUCUGCAAAAUCCAUCCAUGCUUGAACCAACUACACAGUACGAAACCGAUCUAUGCGGAGUUGAGCUAUCACGACCUCGAAUACUAUUUACCAUUUCUGAUAACAACAAUGAUGACAGCGAUAAUCUAAGUUAACCCAUUUAUUACGAAAUUUAGUCUGAUUCGAACGGUUGGAAAGUUCUUGGAUUACCUUGUUUGAGUACUAUAUUCGGUUCAAACCUAUUUAAAGAUUUUGGUUUUGCAGACCCUUUUUAUUA